CCUGAGGCAUCCCAGACCGACACAGUCGUUUCUGGGAGGAGCUUCAGUCCCACCCCAGUCAUUUUGCUUCAUUGUGUACCUUGGACACCCCAGGAGAAAUUUUUUCCACUGGUGUCAUAGGCAAGGACUUUGGCUUCCUCUGUGGUGGGACAGGGGCAAGGGAUGUGGUUAGCAGUUCUACCUUAAAGAGCCUAUCCCACAUGGGACUGGCCUUAGGUGGGUCCUAACGACUAUGAGCAGAAACGUUGGAAGAUCGUAAAGUUCACUCUCCUUGCCUAACUCCCAGGGAGAAUCUGGAGGUGUUUUCUGAAACCAAACUAGACCUCUGUGGCCCCAAAGCAGGGGUCUUUGCUGUCUUCUUCCUAUAUGGGGGUAGAGGGUGGGUAUGGGGCCAGAGAGGAGGAUGUCUUGUAGGAAAGCAAACAUUUCUUGUACAAGGGCAGCCAUCUCGUUCACUCAGGGCCAGUUUAGAGCGGUUGCUACCUGCUAGGGGGCCCCACCCUGGUAUGUGCCUCGCCCCACCUUUUCCCCUGAAGCUAAAAGCUUGAGAGCUGGGAGAAGGUAGGCCUGGGAAGGUUCAGCAAAUCGUAGCUGGGAGCCUCCGGGCAAAAGCUGAGCGAAAGGAAGAGGCGGCUGGCCUAAAAUUUAGGUGGGCGGGAAGAGCCUACAAUGGAGCUGUGACUGCUGCACAGGCCAGAGACCCUGGAGUCCUCACCCCGGGGUCGGGGGCCUAACCUGCUGAGCCGGGCCGCCCCCUCUCCACACCCACUCCCAGCACCUGGCCCGACCUAUCGGCUGGCGGCUACGCCUCCUUUGCCCAACAGUCUCGCUGCCCGUCGCACCCUGCGUGAGCCCAGUACUCGGCCGCCAGCAGGAGCUGCCAGGCUGUGGAGGGCGCCCCGGAAGCUAUGGAGGUCCUGGUCCUGGCCGGAUACCGAGCACAGGAGGACGAGCUGAGUCUGGCGCCCGGGGACGUGGUCCGGCAGGAGAUCCCAGAGACCCUGCGGGGCUCCGGAGAGGCGCAGAAACCGCGCUGCGCGCGCCGCCAAAGUCAUCCUGCCAAAUACCUGGGCCCCCAAAAAUGGUGCAAAGUGAACUUCAACUACAGCCCAGAGCAAGCGGACGAGCUGAAGCUGCAAGCUGGGGAGAUCGUAGAAAUGAUAAAGGAGAUUGAGGACGGCUGGUGGCUGGGGAAGAAGAACGGGCAGCUGGGAGCCUUCCCAUCCAACUUUGUGGAAUUGCUGGACACUGGGCCCCCAAGCCUUGAUAACCCAGACAUGCCUUCAGUCAGCCCUGAUCCCCAGCGGCCUCCCAAGCUGAGCAGCCUGACCUAUGACAGCCCUCCAGACUACCUGCAGACAGGUGAGCACCCAGCCAAAGGGUCCCCCAGCCCUCAGCCACUCCCAAGGUUGGGACUUGGGGGGCCAGCUAGACUGAUGGAGGCGGGGGCUGCUGACAGAUGCAGGAGGCUUGGCUACAGAGGACAGUGGACUGACCUCUUCCCAGUCUCCCACCCUGAGGCCUACAGAGUCCUGUUUGACUACCAGCCUGAGGCCCCAGACGAGUUGGCGCUGCGGAGGGGCGACGUGGUGAAAGUACUAAGCAAGACCACAGAGGAUAAGGGCUGGUGGGAAGGAGAAUGUCAAGGACGAAGAGGAGUUUUUCCAGACAACUUCGUACUCCCAUCACCCCCAAUCAAGAAGCUGGUCCCACGGAAAAUGGUAUCUCGGGAAUCAGCUCCCAUUAAGGAACCAAAAAAGUUGAUGUCCAGAGCAUCCCUCCCUACAGUCAAGAAGUUAGCGGCAGUCCCCACUGGGCCCAGCAAAGCCAAGACGUCUCGGACACCCAGCAGGGACAGUCAGAAGCACACCUCCCAAGACUCAGGCCCCAGUGGCGGCUUCCAAAGUAGAGCUUCGGGCCACACUGGCCGAAAGCGAUCCAAAACCCAGACUCCCCAGCAACGUUCUCUGUCCAGUCAGGAGGAAGAGCAGAGCAGCCCAGCAAAAGCCUCCUCUGUGAAGAGAACCCCCAUGCUGGACAAGACCGCCACUGCAGAGAGGCCCCUAGCUGUGGAGAAGGCCCCCAGCUCCAAGAAGGUCCCAGCUCCUGACAGAGUACCCUCCCCAGAGAAGACCCUCACUCUAGGGGAUAAGGCCUCUAUCCCAGGGAACUCCACCUUGGGAAAGAUGCGGGCUCCUGACAAAGUCCCCACCUCAGAGAAGACGGUGACUCUGGAGGAAAAGACCUCUGUCCCAGAGAACUCCAUCCCAGAGAAGACCCUAACUGUGGACAAACCCUCCAUUCCAGAAAGGGUCUUUUCCAUGGAAGAGGCUCCUGCCCCAGAAGUCCUACCUAUGGAUAAAGUCCUUGAUCCAAAGAUGGCCCCUCCAGGGGAUCAGGCCCCCACCCUAGAAAAGGUGUUGACCCCAGAGCUUUCUGAAGAGGUGUCCACCAGCGAUGACACUCAGUGCUAUCACUUCUCUCCGGAGGAAGGCCUGCAGAAGGUCAAGUCCUUUGUAGCCAAAGAGGCUCAAUCCCAGGAGAAGGCCCACAUGCCAGCGGCACCCCCACUGCAGCCUCCUUCCUCAGAGAGCUGCCUGGGAGAGAUGAAAUGCCCCCUAGUUAGAGGGGACAGCUCUGGACCCCAGGCUGAGUUGAAGUCUGGACCAACAUCCAGGCCUGCCCUAGAGAAGUCCCCCACCCAGAAAGAGGCUACAACCCUUCUAGAGGGGGCACCUUCCAAAGACCAGAGGACUCCUGAAGAGGAGGUGCCCCCCAAUGAGGACAGGCCUCUGAGAGAGGAGGUCCUCCCCAAAGAGGGAGUGGCUUCCAAAGAGGAGGUGCCCCCAAAAGAGGAAUUACCCCCAAAAGAGGUGCUCCCCAAAGAGGAAGUGGCUCCAAAAGAGGAGGUGCCCCCUAUUGAAGGAGGCUUUGUCCAAAAAACACGUCCUAUCAAGCCCUCUCCAGACUCCCAAAAGACGCUCCCGCUCCCGACCCUGGUCUCAGAAAACUCCUCGGAAAGCAAGAAUGAGGGAGUUGAUGUAACGACGCUGAAGGGCGAGGUGGAGUCUCUAAGAAGGGCGCUGGAGCUGAUGGGGGUGCAGCUGCAGAAAAAGCUGACGGACCUCUGGGAGGAGCUGAAGAGCGAGAAGGAGAAGCGCCAGCGGCUAGAGGUCCAGCUGAUGCAGGGGACCCAGAAGUGCCAGACCCAGCGCAUCACCCACGCACAGACGCAGACCUCCUGAGGGCGGGCCUGGGACGGGACCGCGGCCCGACCUGGCUGGGGCCACCCACGUUCUUGCACACGACUUUGGGAAACACGAGAAAGUAAACUCUGCCUCGCAAGGC